UUGCCAGGGAGAAGGUCUGUGACGCGGGGCGGCUCUUCCCCCUCCUCCCCCUCCUGCUGCCUGCCCGCCCACCGGUGGUCUCCGUUUUUACCUCAAGUCCGUCACUUGUUGGAUGUUUAUUUCAUCUCAAUGUUUUCAGCAUUGUUUACCAUCUUUGGAUAUCCGUGGAGAUUUGAGAGAUUUAAGCCCGCUGUUACAGGGACUACGUGCGCGUAAAAAGGCGCUUCAUCCCGGAGCGUCCCCGUCCUCUUCCCCGUGUAUCUGACCAGUCUGCUGCACCGUGAUUGUGCUCCUCUGGGUCUGCGUGUCUCCACGCCGGUGCGCCUGAAAAAAAAGCUGCGUGUUGGUCCCACGGCGGCGGGGUUUUGUGUGUGCUUCGUGGCGGCGCAGUGCGCCCCGGACCCCGGCUCAUCCUUGGAGAAGUCUCGCCGCAGUCCCAUGCCCAGCGCUCCUCUGCAGCGGCGAUAAGGAUGCUGGCGGCUUCUCACCGUCCGGAUCCACAAGGUUGCAUCGAGAUGCGCUGUGGGAGCAUGUAACCAAACCAGACGUUCACACCGAGUUUCCUUUGACGGAAGUUCAAACCAAAUAACCUCCAAACACUCCCUUGAUGUGUUAAGCUACUUUACUGAACAGUUUGAUGGAGAGCUGGUCGGAUGACAGCUGGAACCGUUGUCAUAACUGGAGGAAUACUGGCCACAGUGAUACUUCUGUGUAUCAUAGCCGUGCUCUGCUACUGUAGACUCCAGUACUACUGCUGUAAGAAGAAUGGGUCUGACAGCGGCUCCCUCUCUCAGCAACACUUUGCUUGCAACGCCUGCAGCAUCACUGGCCUGGAUGGACCGAUCAUCACGCCUGUGUCGCUGUCGCCACCGGAACCGGCCAAGUCCUUCAACCCCUCCAAACCCGCUGUGGGGCAACGCCGCUACUGUCCCACCUGCUCCCCCUACGACUCCCCCUUCUACAUCCGUACCACUGACGAGAUACGCAACGGCGGAGAGCGCGUCACCUACAUGCCAACACACUAUGAGAACCAGGCGCUGGCAAUGCCGCUGCCGGCCGUCCGAGGCUCCCUGUUGAGGGACACCCAGCGAGGUCGGCCGCCUGAUUUCUACACCAACACCCGAGCCAUCAGCACAGAGGUGUGACCACCUCUUCUUUCGCAUCUCGACGCACCAGCAUCGCUGAAAAGACACAACUACUAUUGUAAAUUUUGGCUUCAAUGGCGAUGCCAGUGAGCUUGUUGAGGCAGCGUAUUUACAGACAAUCUGGGUUGUAAUGGAUUUGGCUGAGAACUGUUUUAGCCAGAGAUAGGGAUGAAAAACAAGGGCAGAAGAGUUCCUGCUUAUUAUUUUCAAACGAGAACCGAUUCUCCUAAAUGUCUCUAUAUGCACCUACAUGAAAGGUAAGCCUGCUGACUGUUAAUGGGUCUUUAUCCACAGAGGGCUAUCUAGACCCACCUAUGACUUUACUGUGCUGUGUCUUCUUCCCAACGUUAAUGUGAUGAGAUGUAUGCGUAAGU